AUGGCGGAAAACGAUAACUUGCGUACGGCGUCGCUGUAUAUCAACAAUCAAUUGCUCUCGCGAGGACUCCUACGCGAUGGCCAAACAAUCAACUUUGCCGACCCGGACGAUAGUUCGGGCGGCGCGGAGGCCACCAUGGGCAAGAUCAUGAGCAUUGUCAAUGAUUUGAUCUUGCGCCGAGACAAAGAAAAAGAGGAAGAACCCCCCGUACUGAGAUGUUAUGUUUUCCUCCUGAAGCGCGACGCCGAACAACGCGAGAACCUAUCGACCACCAUGCGCACCGUCCGCGCCGAGAAUCUGCGGUACACAAACGAAAUCGCACGCCUCUCAGAGAAGCACACCGAGGCUCAAAGAAAGCUCGACAUCAGCGAAUCCACCGAAAACACCUUGCGCACCCAGCUCAAGUCUGCCGACGCCGCUGUACGCGGCCUCAAGGACGAGGUCGCCCGCGCCAAGACUCUGGUUGCCCAGACGCGGGCCUCCUGCGCAACGGAGGUCCGACGCCGGGACCGUCAGAUCGAUGGCCUGAAGAAGCAACUGGGUGAAGCCGGCCGUCCCCGCGGUACUGCAAAGAGCUCCGCCGUUACCGUUAUUAGCGUUGUCGCCGGCGAGGGCGAAGAUAAGGUGUCACCGAAGCGCGGAGGCAAGGCCGCCGCGGCCACAGAGGAUUCAGGUUACGAUCUGCGCAGCGAGACGAACGAGUUCCUGACGGACCUUGCGCGGAACCUUAGCGAGGAGAACGAGUCCCUCCUGAACCUGGUCCGUCGAACGACCAAGAAUUUGCGCGAGAUGAGUGGCUGUGAUGUCAGGACAAGCCAAGGCGAUAGCCAUGCUGUAACGCUGCCCACGGCCGAGGACAUGGCAAAUGAGCUUGACGCCAUCCUUGAGCACCUGCGCUCUAUCUUGACGAACCCCUCGUUCGCCCCUAUUGAGGAGGUCGAGGUCCGUGAAGAGGAGAUUGCACGUCUGCGUGCGGGCUGGGUCAAGAUGGAGAACCGCUGGCAAGAGGCUGUCCACCUCAUCGACGGCUGGCGUCGGCGCAUGGUUGCCGAUGGCAAGUCGGUGAAUAUGGAAGAACUCAAGAUGGGCCUCCGUCUUAGUCCUGUGCGCGUUCGCAAUGUGGAGGAGACCCACCAGGGCGGCAUGGACAUGCAUGAACUGUCUUGUGUGCAAGAAGAGUGCACCGCCGACUUGGAAGAGGAGGAGGAGGAAAUUGAUUACGACGAUUUGCCCGAGUCUCCGUGCCCUGCUCCACAAAGGGUCGAGUCACUCCAUCUUGUUCCCGCACCGGCAGAGUACGAGGCCGCUCCUCGAGAAGAAGACUACAACCAGGACGAUCAGCAGAGCGACUAUGAGUCAAGCAUCUUUGAGGACGUCGAUGUUGAGGAACUCGAUAUUGAGGAGCCCAAUGUCCAGAUCCUCCAACAAUCCACCGCCUACCUCAGCUCGCCUCCUCUGCCGCCCCCUCCUCGGAUGAGCCCGCUCCGCGAGAUGCCUUCUGCGGGCAACCGCGACGCAAGGCCAAGGCGCGAUAUUCGCAGCGACUACGACACGACGGCCAACGAGAAGCCGAGGACAAUCCGUGCCGUCGACGUCGCCCCGAAGCCACCACCACACCUCGUCCAACUUCCACGAUCGCCGCAGAAGACAGUACACCCGAUCGACGACCGCUCUCGCACAACAUCCGCAGCAUCCAUCGCCUCCGAGUCGACACACAAUGGCGCACCCCUCAUCACACCAUCCGGAACCCCGCCUCCUGAAGUAAACCAAACGCCAACAGCGCGGAAACUCCCCAAGCCGCCGCGUCUCGUCUCAGCGGCCCCAGCACCGAGGGAAAUCCAAUCUCCUGUCAAAAACAUCCGUACAGUCUCCCAGGAGAGCCAAGAGAGCCAGACGAGCCAGGAGAGUUGCGAGGGCGCACCCCCUGCUCCCGCCGUCCAGCCCAACAGCAGCAACAAGAACGCAACACCGCACCGUACUCCUCUACGCCGCGUUCCCUCCCGUCUGCCCCUCCCGCGGCCCUCGGACCCGCCGCCACAGCAGAGCCCUCUGACGAUGGCAACCAUCGCAGCCAAGCUAGCCGCCUCAGAGCGAGAGGCCGACGCUGCUCGCGUUCGCGCGAAGCUCAAGGCAGCGCGCGGAGGUGCGCUCGGCAAGCCGACGGCAGCACCUCAGCAGCAGCAACAGCAGCAACAUAUGCCUCCCCCCCCACCAGAGACCAUCGUCGCCAUGCCACAAGAACCUCAACCCGUAGACUCCCCCUCCCCAGCAAAGACACGCGUAGACCGAGGAGACCUCGACCCCGUCAAGCGCGACAUCCCCUCGCAAGACGAGCAGGUCCAGCAAUCGCCGCUCCAACCGACCAAGCGCAAGCGCGAAAGGCGCGUGAGCAAAGUCGCCUCGAGGAGGCGGAGCACGCUUAGCCCGUGGGAGAUGGAGAGCCUCAUCUCUGGCAACGUCGCUGUCCCACCGUCACCUGUUCGGUCGUGA